AUGAAGCGCAGUCGUCGUGCGAUUCCCUUGAGCCAGACGGAACUCCUGCCUGGCCACGAUGCGGACGACAUGCAGACGGCCUACCUGGCUAAUCUCUCCAACCGGACCCUGGGUUUCGGCCGGAACAAGUUUGCCAGUUCGUCCGGCGUGCCGUCGACCAGCGGGCCGCCGCCGGCCACCCUGACCUUUGAGAAGCUGCUGGCGGCCAUCACCCCGCCCCCGGAGCUCCUCCCGAGCCAGUGGAAAUCCGCCCUGGACCUCCAGACCCGCACCGUCUACUUCUACAAGGUAGACCUGGAGGGCGACGCCCUGCGCAUCACCAAAUCCAUCCGCAUCCGCUGCCGGGAGGCGGCGUGGCCGCGGCCCCUGGGGCAGCGCAGCAGCGCCCUCCUGAUCCCCUCCCUGUACAUCGGGGAGAUGAAACUGCAUCCCUCCUGCGCCACCAUCAUCCUGGGCCACGAGGAGAUCCAGUCUGGCCACCCCGCCGGCGGGGAGUCGGAGGCGGGCGGGGGACGGUAUUCGCCGGUGGAGGCGGCGCGGGCGGACGAGCCGCUGCAGCUGACCACCGGGCCGCGCGGGCGGUACGCGCGGGUGGCGCACAGUCCCGGGGGGUCCUCGGGGUCGCCGGUCAGUCCGCCCGGGGGGUCCGUGUACAAGCACGAGGCCGCCGAGGAGUCGGGCGACAGCGGGGAUGAGGAGAAACCGGUUAAUUUGCAGUUGAAGUCGACGCUGCCGUAUCCGUACACGUGCGCCAACUGUCACGUGGACACGACGACGCUGUGGCGGCGCGACCAGAACGGGAAUCCGGUGUGUAACGCCUGCGGACUGUACUUCCGCAUGUACGGGGUGGCGCGGCCGGCGACGAUGCGGCGCGACAAUAUCCGCACGCGGACCUCCAAGAGCCGGCUGGGCGUGUACGUCGUCAAGCCGGAGCAUCCCGAGCACGGCGGCGGCGGCGGUGGUGGCUACCACCCGCAGCUGGCGGUUGAAUCGCCCCAAGCGCCGCUGCAGCCGUCGAUGCUGCGCCGCGAAUGGCAGCUGGACACCGAGCCCGAGGAGGAGGCCCCCGCCCCCGAAAGGGGCUCGCGACGGGCGAACGUGGUGCGGGACGACCAGGUGUGCAGCAACUGCUCCACGCGCAACACCAUUUUAUGGCGCCGCAACGCCGACGGGAUGCGGGUGUGUAACGCCUGCGCUCUCUACGCCAAACUCCACGGGACGCCGCGUCCGCCGGAUUUGUGGCGCGAGGAGAUCCUCAAGCGGAAGCAGAAGCAGAAGACGCCGCAUCGCGGCAUCAAGAAGAACAGCAACGGCGCCAUCAAACGCAAACUGGCCGCCAAACCCCCCGACACGAGCGACACGAAACCACCAUCCUGGACCGCCACCGCCGACGCGUCGCCCCCCGCCCCCCUGGGAGCGGACCCCCCGUCGCCCCUGGACGACGCCGCCCACGUGCGGCUGGCCUCCAUGAUCGUCGACCUGCGCCGCGACAAAUCCGCCUCGCCGACCGCCUCCUCGGAGGAGGACGCGCCCCUGACCGAGGCCCCGCCCAGCCACGCCCCUUUAACCGCCGUCUGACCGCCCCCGGGGGCCUACCUUAAAAAGACUCGGUGCCUAGUCGCCUGGAUGACCUCACUUCCGGUCCGCGUUGGUUUCGUCGACUCUCCGCCGCAUUGUUUAAUCAGCACGCAAUCUCCGCCGAAUCUUCUCACUUUCUGACGAAUUUCGAAUCUGUUUCGCAUCCUGUUUAAUCUCCGUUCACUCCGGCGUGGUGUGAUCCCCAUGUUUAAUCUCGCAGUGCAAUAAAAUAACGCUAUUUUCUAAUUAAACGCAAUUUCUCCAUUUCUGUCUGGGUUUUUUUCUUUUUUUUUCGUCGUCUGUUUUUCGUCGAAUUCUUUUUCGUUGCAGUAUUUUGUUGCCUGGUGUCUGCCGGUUUUUAUUUUUGUGGCAGUUUUGGUGUGUGUGACGUGUGCGAUUUCGGAUUUGAGUUUUCUUUUCAUUUUUCGAUUUUUUUCCGUUUUCGUAGGUUUGCAGCCAGUGCACGUUUGUCGGUUGCUGACGUUUUUCAAGUUUGCAAGUAAAAACGAAAUGACAGCGAA